CUGGAGCUUUGCGGUUGGUCACGUGAGAGGCCACAUUCAUCGCAAAAAGUCAUUCUGGACUGUCGCCGCGGACAGCAAUCUCUCUGAUUUUCCUCAAGAGUACCCAUACAUAAUUUGUUUAGCCAUUUGAACUCUUCAUCAACUUCGAUAUGGCGGAGGGAAUCGACAGACGUGCCGAUGAGCGGAUGGAGUUCAGCACCUCCAAGGAGGUCACGGUGGCCCCGACCUUCGAGGACAUGCACCUCAAGGAGAGUCUACUUCGUGGUAUCUAUGCCUAUGGUUACGAAUCCCCAUCUGCAGUCCAGUCUCGCGCCAUCGUCCAGAUCUGCAAAGGUCGCGACACCAUUGCGCAGGCCCAGUCUGGUACUGGUAAGACAGCGACUUUCUCGAUCAGUACUCUGCAGGUCAUCGAUACUGUUGUGCGCGAAACUCAAGCUCUUGUUCUCUCUCCGACUCGCGAACUUGCGACCCAGAUUCAGUCCGUCAUUAUGGCCCUCGGUGAUUAUAUGAACGUUCAAUGUCACGCAUGCAUUGGGGGCACCAAUAUCGGCGAGGAUAUCCGAAAGCUGGACUAUGGUCAACACGUCGUUUCUGGAACCCCCGGCCGUGUCGCUGAUAUGAUCCGCCGCCGGCACUUGCGUACGCGCCACAUUAAGAUGCUCAUUCUCGACGAAGCAGACGAGCUUUUGAACCGCGGUUUCCGUGAACAGAUCUACGACGUCUACCGUUAUCUUCCUCCGGCGACACAGGUGGUCGUUGUCUCAGCUACUUUGCCCUACGAUGUCCUGGACAUGACCACCAAGUUCAUGACGGAUCCCGUUCGUGUCCUCGUCAAGCGUGAUGAGCUGACCCUGGAAGGAAUCAAGCAAUACUUCAUUGCGGUUGAGAAGGAGGAGUGGAAGUUCGACACUCUGUGCGAUCUGUACGACACUUUGACGAUUACACAGGCUGUUAUCUUCUGCAACACCCGCCGCAAGGUCGAUUGGUUGACCGAUAAGAUGCGCGAGGCCAAUUUCACCGUGUCCAGUAUGCACGGUGAGAUGCCUCAAAAGGAGCGUGACAGCAUUAUGCAGGACUUCCGCCAGGGCAAUUCCCGUGUUCUGAUCUCCACUGACGUCUGGGCCCGUGGUAUCGAUGUUCAACAGGUGUCACUUGUGAUCAACUACGAUCUGCCCACCAACCGUGAGAACUACAUUCACCGUAUUGGUCGCAGUGGUCGUUUCGGUCGCAAGGGUGUGGCUAUCAACUUUGUCACCAGCGACGACGUCCGUAUCCUUCGGGAUAUUGAGUUGUACUACUCGACUCAAAUUGAUGAAAUGCCCAUGAAUGUCGCGGAUUUGCUCUCAUAAACACCAUGAAAUCUCAUUCAUGAAAGGAGCCGAAAAACAAGAAAACUCAUAACCGCCGUUCUUGAAGCCCUUGUGUUGAAGAAUUUCUCGCCAAAUGUACAUACUGGCGUCUAUUAGGGAAUCAAUGCGUGCCCGGUUCUCGCGUGGAGGAAAGGGAAAACAAAACGUUUCGUAUCAGAAUGUUCAAGGUGUACGCCCGUCGUUGGAACCCCAAUGAUCAUUUCUCAUCAAAGCUGAGGUUUUGAGACGAAAUCUGCUUUUAUCAUUUGUGCUUUUUACCUAGUUCACCCAGGAUGGUUCGUUCAGGAGUUACGAGUGAUGGAUUUGAAUGCAUUAUCUUUUAUUUCUUUUUGGCUUCUUCCAGGUUUUCCCCAGUCUUUGCUUCAGACUAGCAACUCUGUCAUUGGAAAGACGGGAAUGAAAAGAGCCCCCAAGCUCAAAGGCUCAUUUGGUAACACAAAAUAUACUCGAUCCUCCGAGCAGCGGGCCAGGACCUCCAAUAUACCGUAUUCCUCUACACUUUCAUUACUUUGCCGUUUCCUAGCUAUCAUAGGAUUCUUCACUGCAUUUAGCAACACCGACAAUCCUUCCAAGCACGGUUCUCAGGCAAGACAUAUGCAGCGCAUAAACGGAGUGAUUCCCUCGUACAAGUUACUCUUCACCGCCC